AUGAGUUCUACUUCUAGCAUCGCUUGUAACUCAGACACGUCGCCCAAGGACAUAUUCGUCGAGAGCCUAGAUCUCACGAUCAUCGAGCGACUCGCUCUGGAGACUCGCCGUGCAUAUCUUGCUACUCAUGGCACCUCCGAGGAGCAACCUACAACGCUGAGUCCUCUCAAGUGCUCAGUGGUGUCUCCCCCGAUGUCCGGCUCCUACAACGUCGUCUACGAACUGCGAUUUUUCGACGCCACAUCAUGGGUCAUCCGCAUACCCGUAGACGAAUGGGGACCCGCCAACGCCCGAUCCAUGCAGCUCGACAUCACCACAAUUGAAUACAUCAUGGCCCGCACGACCGUCCCCAUUCCAACGCUACACGCCUACUCGUGCGACACCAACAAUCCCAUCCAGCAUCCGUACAUGAUCAUGGAUAUGGUCCAGGGUACCCUUCUCAUCGACAUCUGGUACGAUUCCUCUUGGUGGUCUGGGGCGCGGACGAAGGAGAACCUCCUCAAUUCACUAGCGGCUCAUAUGGUCGAGCUCGCCACCCUGGAGUUCGACAAGAUCGGGCGGCUGGAUCGCGUCCAACCCGACGGACCGUACUUCAUAGCGCCCCUCCCGGAACUCGGCUAUAUAUUCGGGGACGGGAAAGCUUCUGGAGGCGAGCUGGGCCCCUUUUCUUCCGUUCACGAGUAUCUCAUGGCGUUACUGGACGCGCGCUGCGCUAAGACUGGGAAUAACUCCAUGCUCGCGCUGCUGCGGAUGUUCGUCGGCGCGCUUGUGGACCCUCGGUACGACUCCGCCCCAUUCCACCUUGGCCAUCCGGAUCUCGAGAUCCAGAAUAUCAUCGUGGACAACGAGACGGGCAAGGUCGCUGCGCUCAUCGACUGGGACGGCGUGAGCGUUGGCGGCCGGCAGAUCCACGCCCUGUCGUACCCACUCUGGCUCACUGUCGACUGGGACCCGACCAUGUACGAGCCCCAGAAGCGCUUGGCCGAAUGCGACAGCGAAGAGGAUCUGCGGCGAUACCGUCAGAUGUACGAAGACGCGAUCGGCGCAGCGUCUGGGGGCACGCUCGCGCUCGUCACGCGCAACUCACAUAUCCCCGUCUGCUUGGAGAUGGCAAUCACGAGCGAGCUCAUCACGGCCGGGAUGGUCUUUCAUCUCGGGAAAUAUGUCUUUGGCUCGAGUAUACUCGCCCUCGAUGUGCUUGAGGGCAUCGAGCACAGCGGGUGGUACACUCGUAGUUUCCCGGACGACGUUGCAGAAAUCAAACGUAAACUUCCGUCUCAUAUCUGGCAAUGA